GCAGCGCACAGGGACAAUGACAUGGAGAUUAGUGGCCCCCUCCACUGGGUGGCUGACCUGUUCGCUCAUUGAUGAUCACUUCCCUUUUAGAAACAAGCACACAAUCCAUCAAACACACUCAAACUGUCGUACUCAGUAACCUAUUCAAACUUGACUUCAAGCUCUCAAAAUGAGUCGUGCUUCGUAGUUUCAUCACCGUUUUCAGUUUUUCCCAUCACUGUCCCACAGGUAAUGGGUGCAGCCAAUCUGACCGCAGGACUUCCUUUAACACUUGUGACUAAAAAGCCAGCUCACUCCGCAAUAAGGAUGAUAUCAUCUGACGGCUGGCAACCUUUCUAAAACGGGAUGACUACAAACUUAAACCAGUAAAAGCCUUAAGGGGGGAAAAAAACGAAGAAAAGCCUUUAACUGGACCGCUAAGCGCGCUUGUACUCUGACCUCACCUUGCUAAUCUCUUAUGCAAAGAAGACUUUCACCGGCAACACACCUGAAUCACUCCUUAAUGCAAGAGGGAGUUUACACUGGAGAGGAUUUGCUAAAAAAAAAAAAAAGGGGGAAUCAAAUGUCCAAGGACUGAGAAAACGUGCUUACUAGACAAAGGCUGCGCAGUGAGAUCUUCUCUGUAACCGUUGAACAAGCCCCAUCAUGUCGAGGAUCAUUUCGGCAGGGUGUGCAGGUAGACGCUGCCCAUUUUCCUGACAGAGACGUGUGUGCAUUUGUUGGAUUCAAAUAUCUUGUAUUUGCUCAGCAAGACAGAUGGAAUUAUGUUCAUGAGCUUCAUCACUUCCUAAGGAAUCCUUGUUGAACAAAGAAGGAAAAAGGAUUUAAAGGAUAAAUAAAAACAUUUAGGCACAUCUCGACCAUAUCUGCCAACAUGCCACUCAGAACAUCGCUGCACAGGAAGCCGGCCUCUGGUCGUUGGCCCAGCAGGAACACCAAGCGCAGGGAGGUGCUGUCUGUCAACAUGAUCAGCCUCCCACUGGCUGAUUUCCGCCACCUCUCACAUAUUGGCAACGAUGCCCACACGGACAGCUUUGGAGAUCUGUCGUUCUUAAAGAUGGGCCACAAUCUGCUUUUACAAAGCUCCCAGAGCGAGCAGAAUCUCUUCCUGGCCUGCUCUCCCCCGCCAAAGCCCCCUCGUGUGAACCUGGAGGAGGCCGAGGGCUCCGAGAGCCCCGACUGGCAUGUAGGCCGCCUGCACGUGUCCCAGAAAAAAAAGAUAUGCAACUCUAUGCCGCUGCUGGACAAUAAGGAAAGGGAAACAGAGAUGGAAAAGGUGGAUGGGUACAAAAGAGGGAAUAAUGUUGCUCCCAACCUGGCUCACAGCGCUGGACGGGGCAGUCUGAAUUCAGACAGAGAUGAAGACUCUACAGAUACUUGUGACAAAACGGUUGGAGUGCAGCAUAAGGAGGAGGACAGUGGCUUUUCUUUCAGCCUCGACCUGGGCCCUUCAAUCCUGGAUGAUGUCCUCCAGGUGAUGGAAAAACUCCACAAAUAGACAGCAAAGUAGCCAGGCCGUCAGCAAGGCUUUACUAAGGUUUGGAAUAUGGAGAAAAUAUCCAAAUGGCAACCUUCUAUUGGGAUACGAUCCUGAUUUUACGGACAAAACAAUAUCCUAAAGCAGUUUUUGUUGAAAUAAAUCUGAAGAUUUUCGAUAAUAACUACAACUGGGUACCAAGUAAAGACCAACAUCCUUUGGGGAGACCUUGACUCACCCAUGCUUUAAUGGAUGUAAACUAAUAUUUUAAACCAAGACUGAUUUACAGGAUGAAAAUGCUGAUUUGUUUUUGGAUUGUUUCAGGAAAAAUGUUUGCUUUUUGAAUAUGAUGUCACAGAAACUUUCCAGGAAAAGGAACUUGCUAAAUGUAUAAAGCACCGAUGUUUCUGUACGCGUUGGUCCACAAAACUUGUUAAACAUUAAAACUUAAGAAUGUUUAAAAGGUUAAACCUACCCAUAGUUAAUGUUCUCCUAAGAAUUGCCCCUUGGAGAUGUGGAUGCGAUGUUUAAGUUAAUAAUUGAACUCUGUCGGUGUUCAGACUCGGAGCUGGACAGUUUCACCUCUUCUUACUUUGCUCUUUUGCUUUUGUAAUCCCUCAAACCACAAAGCAGAGCACUGACGACGGCUGUUAAGACUUAAGAGUGUUGUGUUUAAGAAAAGAAAAGCUGCGGCUGGAAUCCAAGGUCCUCGAGCUGUGAUGUCUUGGCUCUUGGCGUGCUUGCCAAUCUAUUGUGUGCAGAGGGCAAUUUUUCCUCCGCACGCAUCCCAGAGGCCCCACUCAUAGGUAGACCAAGGUACCCCCCAUCUCUCAUUCCCAACAAUGCAAUGAAAACAAACACUUAGCUCUGCUUCCAAUAAAAGCCAGCCAGUGGUGGCAGGUUGGGCUGCAGACCAAGUUGGGCCACAGGUCCAAGACCUUCAGACAGAAAAAAAGGAAAGUUGGAGUAGGCUGUUUUCUUAGCUGCAAAUCAGAGUCCGAUGUUCUGGUGAGUGGCGCACGAGAGGGAAAGUGGUAAAGGGUAACGUGAUACUUCCACAUAUGCAGGGGGUGUCAAGGGAGGAGGACCAGAGACAUCCAUUACUGCAGCAAAAGUCCUGAUGAGGGUUUAAACACUACCUUCUGACAAAACAGACCCCCGUCACGUGAAGAACGCACGCUUGAGUCUCACGUUGGCACACAUGUAUAGAGAGCACACAUGUACUUCAUGUAAGCACGCAUGGUCAAUCUGAGAUUUGUGCAGACAAUCUAGGUCCACUUUGCUCAGGCCUGGAGAGUUGGGACAGAGCCUCAGUCUGUGCCUUAGUGGGGGGUUGCCAGGAAAGGCUGUGAGGCAAACCCAGAACCCGUCGCAUUCCUGAGUUCCCAACGGGGCAUUCUGCAGAAUAUACCAACCACAAGUGUCCCGCUUCUAGCAAUAGAUUCAGAAUUCUAUGUAUGUCCAAACAGAAACAGCAACGUCUGUGGGUACGUCUGCACUGUAUAUCUGUUUUGCCAUCUCUCAUUUUAAAGUGGAUAUCACUGUUCAUUUUUCUUUUAUAUGAUUUGACCGUAACGAAUUGUGAACGGGGUUUUUUUCUGCAUUGAAUGUACUGUUUUGUAUUUUUGAGAAGUAAAGAAAAAUAUCUUUCAAA